AUGAGAGUUCUGCCCUGGGUGCUUUGCUUCGAAAUCGCCAGCGCCAGCUGCCCUUGCACAGGUAUCGGCCCGGGGGCUGAGGGUAUUGCCCGAGGCUUGCCCGUGGAGUAUGGGAGCUCCUGCGCUGCAUGGGAUGACGGCAACUGCACCGCUCAUGCAUGCGGCAGUCUCCAGCAGUGCACCGAGCUGUACCCGGAUGCCACUCCGGGAUUGUGGUGUUGCCAGCCUUGGUGCUACGUGAGCGCUUCUUGCAGCUUGGUUGACACCCAGCCCACAACACUUGGCGGCAGCAGCCAGCUCUACUACUCCUACCAGGCUUGCGCAGCGCAGACGAGUCCGGUGACUGAGGCCACGUGCCCUUGGAAGCAGGAGGUCUCUUUCGAGGAGGCAGCUGCGGCCAUUGUCCUCACCGAGAAGAUCGGCACCCUCCGCUCUGCCACUGGAGCCACGGACCUUCAGGUCUUUGAGGCAGACGGGGCCGAAGUGGCCAUAGUGGCGCUGAAAGAUGCCAGCCUUUGCAUCUACAGCCUCCGGUCCUAUGGUGGGGAGCAGGUUGUCUGUGAGACUCCAGCGGCGCCUUCUGUGCCGAUCUAUACUCUGGCGGCGACCUCCACCUGGGUGGCCACAGCCCGGGAAGGGCAGGAAAGCAUCGACUUCUGGCAGCUGAGCUCCACAUCCCUGAGCUUCGUGGGCUCCAAGGCGGUGGGGAGGGUGAGGCACCUGAAAAUCAGCAGCUUCGGCUUGCUAAGCUCAACGGAGGACGAGAUGGUCACCGUGUGGCCAAAAACGGGGAGCGUAAACGAGACCCUUGCAAGCGACUUCGAGGGCCAGCUUGGUCCUUUCUCUUGGGCGCCUGAGGCUCUAGAGGAUGUGAGCUUUGGCCAACAAGCUGGCAUCGCAUGCGCAUCUUUCGCAGACAUCGAGAUUUGGGUCCCUGUGAAGGGGCAGUCCAACUGGACGAAGACAGCCCGACUCAGCGGUCACUCUCGCAUAGUCACCAGCCUGGCUUUCCUCCCUUCGAUGGGGCUCCUUGCCAGCGCGUCCUUGGACUCGAACCUGGCCAUUUGGCGCUUUCUCGAUGGCUCCUGGACUCUGGCCACACUGCUCUACGACCACAGCCACCCUGUGAAAGCUGUUGUAUGGAUCCCCUCGGGUCCGCUGCUUGCCUCCGGUGACGAGCAGGACCUGAUCCUCUGGCGCCCGGCCACCAGCCCCUCUUGUGACUUUAGCUACACCUUUAGUUACUACCUGCCGGGCUUCAACCGCUUCGCCGUGGAAGGCAAGACCGUGGACGAAUGCCAGGCCCUUUGCUGCGAGAAUGCUUGGUGUACUUCUUUCGACUAUGCCAUUAAAGGUGACGACAAGACCCAUGGACCCAACACUUGCUGGCUGAGUAGCGCUGGAGAGGGUGUGAAUGGUGGCGCUGGCCUUGUGUGGGACCCCUCGGCCAACUACCACUACUACGAGGUCACGAAGCGUGGCUCCCGCUUUAUGACUCUGGCACAGCCGAAGGGGAUUGCUAGCUUGCACUUGUCCAACCUGAACGGCCUGCUUUUGUCGAGCAGCCAAGAGGAGGGUUUCGUGGAUGUGUGGAAGCUCACGACUUCUGUUUGCCCUGACAGACAAAUGGCUGUUGGUGACGGUGUUGGGUGUAAGCCUUGCCCCCUGGGCCGGGCAGGGACAGGUGGGCUUUGUCCCAUUUGCCGGCCCGGCACUUUUGCUUCCGAAGAAGGCCUCUCCGAGUGCGUGUCUUGCUCACCUGGGACGGAGAUGCCUGGCAUUGGCGCUGACACUUGCAAUUUUUGUUCUCCAGGACACUAUGCCUCAGAGUUCGGCACGGCGAGUUGCUCAGCAUGUUCGCCGGGCUACUUCAACGAUCGCAGCGGGUCAAGAAGUGCCUCGAACUGCCAAGCUUGCGCCAAGUCCACGUAUGCUGAGACGUCGGGCUCAACGGCAUGUGAAGCAUGCCCCAGCGGGACGGCACAUGACAACUAUGCCGAAUCCUUCGCCUCCACUUGCGUCGAUUGCGCGUUCUGUGGCCUGAGCAUAGUAGAUGGUUGCCGCGUGCCCAAGGACAGCGCGUGUACGGACUGUCCGGCGGGGCGCGUCAGAAGCACCACAUCCUCUUCUGCUCCGUGUGAGUAUUGUCCUUUGGGCCAGGUCCCGAAUGGCAUCCCUAUAGGGGAUGCCUGCCUCUCCUUUCUGCGGGGGGACUUCAAUGCUGUGCCAGAUCCCAACAACCGGGCCUGCUGGACCCGGGCCGAGUACGGCCAGCUGUCUUGUCCCCAACAAGCGAAUGGGGGUUGGGGCAACCAAGGACCUGCUGAGGACACGCAGAGCAACAAGUACUUGUCGCUGACUGCUACAGAGAAUGAAGCUUGCUCCAGCUUGCACUGUAUGGGAGCCAUUUUGGAGACUCAGUCCAUCUACAAUCGCAUGCACGGUGGUGGCUGCUUGGAAGAUGAGGGGCUCAAGGAGCUUUGCAUGUGGAGCAGGGACCAGUUGAACCGGGAGAUUAGUGCUCGGGAGCAAGCUUCGCAGAAUGCAGAGGUGGCACAGGAGACGCAACUUCGGCAGGAAAAGUGCCAAGAAGUAUGCGACUGCAACCAGCUCUGCGCCGACGUCACGCGCGAAGAGGAUGCCAAAGAAGAGGCUUUUGCGAUUGAGCCCUUCGUCGUCACGCAAUGUGAAGUCGUUGGCCUCACGUGCCAUGCAAAAUGCACAUCGACUCGGCCCGCGAAGGUCGUAGACCGGCCCUGGCAGUGCAUGUCGGACUCUGCUGUGUCGCAGAUCUAUGUGCCGAAGUCUACCUUGCCACGCUGCCAUGCUAGCUGUACGGAAUGUCCAGGCGAUGCGACCGAGUGGCACCAUGGCUCUUUUCGCGAAUGCGACAGUCUGGGUCAUGCAAUGAGCUUCCGCCAUGUCAGCAUGCGUGCUCUACUUACGUGCGUCCUGGUCUUGCCCGGCAUGCUGGCCGGCUCGUAA